AUGGAAUUGGGAUGUAUUAUCUGCUACAUCAGUGCCUUGAUACUCGCCUAUAUCGGCAACAACUAUGAAAGGCUUUUCCAUGUCUUAGUAGAGGAAUUACAACACUUGGAUCAUUGGCAGCCUGAUCCAGAAACAGAUGACGAGGCUCGGGACUCUGACGGAAGUGACGACGAUGAGUCGGAUGAUGAAGGCUAUUCUUCUGCGACACCCCGAACAUAG